AUCUCUCGUUCUCACCUACUCUUCAUAACCCCACCCAAGACGGUAGUAUCAAGCCUCUCUCUCCAAGUGAGUGUUGGCCUUGGAAGUUGGGAUUCCGAGGGUUGAUGAUGGCAAGGAAAUGCUCUUACUGCGGGAAUAAUGGGCACAACUCAAGAACUUGCAGCAGUCCAAGAAGUCUAGUGGGUGCUGGUGGACUGAGGCUCUUCGGCGUGCAGCUUCAAGUAGCUUCCCCCAUAAAGAAGAGCUUCAGCAUGGAAUGCUUAUCUUCUUCUUCUUAUCCUGCAUCUUCUUCCUCUUCUCCUUCAUCAUCUUCUUCUCUCGCUUCUAUAGAGGAAAACACCGACAAAACUUCUAAUGGCUAUUUAUCUGAUGGCCUCGUGGACAGAGCACAAGAGAGGAAGAAGGGAGUUCCAUGGACUGAGGAAGAGCACAGGACAUUUCUAGCUGGGCUUGAGAAACUCGGAAAGGGAGACUGGCGAGGAAUCUCACGGCACUUUGUGACCACAAGGACGCCAACCCAAGUUGCGAGCCAUGCGCAGAAAUAUUUUCUCAGACAGAACAGUCUUCACAAGAAGAAGCGUCGAUCAAGUCUUUUUGAUGUGGUUGCAAGAUCGGUGCAAUAUAAUGACUCUUCCAGGUCAAGGGACCAGUUCUCAUCUGAGCUAGAAAUUCCUACUCGGACAACAUGCCACAAGGUUGGUGUCAACACCACAACCAGACUUCGUUCAUCAGAACAAGAAACCCAAUUGCCUUCCAGUCUUAAUCUGAUGUCCAUCUGUCAGGUCUCAAUGAGCACAUCUCCUAGUAUAAUGUCACGGUCGUCCUCCUUGAUGGCAAAGCCUCAAAUUCAACUCCAAGAACCUGAUUUAGAGCUCACUAUUGCCCCUAUGAGGCCUCUAACUCAAACUAAAGCAUCCCCAAGCUCUGUUUUCAUGGGGACCAUCAGAGUUACCUGACUGGCUGGAGGCAAGAUGGAAGAUUCACCAGCUGAAGCAUAUGAAGUCAUCAGGGAUCAUACCAAGGAGCAAGGUUAGAAGACAACGCCAUUUCAGCCUUAUGUUAUUGGUGUCAUGUCAAAUACGAAUAUAUGGUCAUAUGUUACAAACAUAGAGAUCUUGCGGGUAGUCUAGUCAUCUUCAGAAUAAAGAGAUGUUUGUGAUGCUUUUGCAAGAAAGAUUGAUUACUGUUGCUUGUGGAGCUUGUUGAAUAUAGUAGAAGUAAUGCAGGUAGGGUGUCGUCACUCUCAGUAGUUUGGGCCGUUGGUGGUGAAGGGUGAGCUCACAAUAUUCAGAGCAUUUCCCAUGAGAAGGACAAGCAAUUGUUGAUGCAUGACUUCUACUUAACCUCGUCCCCACCACUUUCAACUUGAGAUAAGGCGGACAAAAGUGCAAUCCAACUUAAUUUCAUGAAGCAUUGGCUGGAAAGGUUCCAAUCAAGGACAUCUUUAACAAAUUCCAUUUGGAGAUUGCAUCUUCUUUUCUGAUUUGCGGCUUGAAUGCAUGAAUAAACCUUAU